GGCGCGCAGAAGAGCUCGCCCCGAGCAGCCGGGGGGCCCGGGCGUCCCCGCCACCCGCAGGAGGAGCCGCGGCCGCGGUCGCCGCCGCCGCCCAGCGACAGCAUCCUCUGGACAGACGCCCCAGGCUCCGCGGCCGCCUUCCCCCGCCCGCUCCCCGCGCGCCCGCCCCCGCCGCCCCAGCGCCCGCGGGGGGGGCAGCAGGCACCCGCGCCCCCGGCCCUUCCCUGCGGCGGGCUCCUGGCGGGCGGCGCGGGGGCACCAGGUGCGGGAGGCAGGGCCCGGGAGGCACCGGCCGGGGGUCUCCCCUCCGCGCGGAGAAGGGACGCCCGCCACCGCCGCGAGCACCCCCCAGCCCUGCGCCGCGGGUCCCCGGGUUCAGGGGCGACACCCCUCAAGGGGGGGGGACGGCGCGCCCCCGGCCGGCCCUCUGCGCCCGGCGCCCUCCCGGGUCCUCGGAGACGCGCGCGCGCCCCGGCGGGGCCAUGCCCGGGCUGCGCCGGGACCGCCUGCUGACCCUGCUGCUGCUGGGCGCGCUGCUGACCGCCGACCUCUACUUCCACCUCUGGCCCCAGGUGCGGCGCCAGCUGCGGCCCCGGGAGCACCCGCCCGGCUGCCCGUGCGCCCGCCGCGCCGCGACCCCGGCCCCGGCCCCGGCCCCGGCCCCGGCGCCCGCCUCCCCGGCCCCCCGCGCGGCCGCGCGCAACUUUUCCCGAGCGGGGCCCGGGACCGAGCGGCGGGGCGGCGGCGGCUCCAAGCUGCAGGCCCUCUUCGCCCACCCGCUGUACCGCGACCCGGAGGAGCCGCCGCUCCCCGGGCCGGAGGACCCGCUCCUGGCCAGCCAGGAGGCGCUGCGGUACUACCGGAGGAAGGUGGCGCGCUGGAACAGAAAGCAAUGCUGCUCCCCUGGAAACCCAGCUCAUUCUCCUGACUUACUCCUCUGCCCAGGUCAGAGAUCACAGGAGGUCAGCUGGGGCAGAGGACGACACAAGAUGUACAAAGAGCAGCUCAACCUCACCUCCCUGGACGCUCCCCUGCAGCUCCGACAGGAGGCCAGCUGGGUCCAGUUCCACCUGGGGAUCAGCCGCCGUGGGCUGUACUCCCGGUCCAGUCCUGUCGUCAGCCAACUCCUCCACGACAUGAGGCGCUUUCCCACCAUCAGUGCUGAUUACAGUCAGGACGAGAAGGCUUUGCUCGGGGCAUGUGACUGCACCCAGAUCGUGAAACCCAGUGGGGUCCACCUCAAGCUGGUUCUGAGGUUCUCAGACUUCGGGAAGGCCAUGUUCAAACCCAUGAGACAGCAGCGAGAUGAAGAGACCCCCGAGGACUUCUUCUACUUCAUUGACUUUCAGAGACACAACGCCGAGAUCGCAGCUUUCCACCUGGACAGGAUUCUGGACUUCCGCCGGGUGCCACCCACAGUGGGGAGGCUAGUCAAUGUCACCAAGGAAAUCCUGGAAGUCACCAAGAAUGAAAUCCUGCAGAGCGUUUUCUUCGUCUCUCCAGCCAGCAACGUGUGCUUCUUUGCCAAGUGCCCGUAUAUGUGCAAGACUGAAUAUGCCGUCUGUGGCAACCCGCACCUGCUGGAGGGCUCCCUGUCCGCCUUCCUGCCGUCCCUCAACCUGGCCCCCAGGCUGUCUGUGCCCAACCCCUGGAUCCGCUCCUACUCGCUGGCAGGAAAAGAAGAGUGGGAGGUCAAUCCGCUUUACUGCGACACCGUCAAACAGAUCUACCCGUACAACAGCAGCAACCGCCUCCUCAACAUCAUUGACAUGGCCAUCUUCGACUUCCUGAUAGGAAAUAUGGACCGGCACCAUUAUGAGAUGUUCACCAAAUUCGGGGAUGAUGGGUUCCUCAUCCACCUUGACAACGCCAGAGGGUUUGGACGACACUCCCAGGACGAACUCUCCAUCCUGUCCCCGCUGUCCCAGUGCUGCAGGAUAAAGAAGAAAACGCUUUUGCACCUGCAGCUGCUGGCCCAGGCCGACUACAGACUCAGUGACGUGAUGCGGGAGUCUUUGCUAGAAGACCAGCUCAGCCCAGUCCUCACAGAGCCCCACCUCCUGGCCCUGGACCGGAGACUCCAAAUCAUCCUACAGACAGUGGAGGGGUGUGUGGAGGUCCACGGAGAACAGAGUGUCAUAGCCCUUGACUCAGCAGAACAGUCAGCCCCGGACUCUAGCCAGGCUAACUUGACAAGCUAAGGGCUGGAUGAAGCCAGAUUUCGGGAACUGUAUGUGGAGCCAGCAGUGGACUCUUGGGGGUGGACCACUGCUUCCUUGCGUCCCCGUCCAUGCUGGCGGUGCUGGGUCAUGAGCUCUGGAAGAGGCAGGGCACUGGGAUGAUUCCACAAGAAAAAAAGAAGAGGGACCCACUCAACUUUCUUCCUUGGUGCGUGGCUUCUCUAGUGGAACUCCCUCUUUCCCAAAAAGCACUGCUUCAUCAAAGCCACAGACCAUCCAUCUCCUGAGCCCACCGGGCAAUCUGGAUAGGAGUUGGGCUUGGAAGGAUUGGAAGCCUUGUCCCAGAAAAAGAGUAGAACAAAUAAAAUUAAAGGACACCAAUGGACACCUA